AUGACUUGUGGUCAUGGUUGUCAUGGAUGUUGCGGUGACCAUGGAACUUCUGAAGCAUUAAGGGAAGCCAAUCAAAGGAACAGUACUUUGAAUUCAGAAAAGACUCAAUUACAAGGAGAUUUAUUGAACAAAACCAAAGAGAUAGGUGAAAAAGAUAAGCAAGUUGCUGUUGUUGGUAAAGAUUUGGAACAUGCUCGAGGUCAAUUGACUAAAACAGAAGGGGAGUUAAAAACAGAAAAAGAAAAAGUGAAAGAGUUAACUGGUUUAUUUGACAAUUUACAAAUUGAAGGUAGCAAUAAGGAUAGGCAAAUAGAAAUCCAAAGCAAAGAUAUUAGAGUUCUAAAAACAGAAUUGAACAAGAUGGAAGAAAAAAGUUUAGAACUUGAACUGAAGGAGCAAGAAAGGAAACUAAAUGAGUUUAUUCAGAAAUUAGGUAUUGGUCGUGAAAAACCCCGUGAAUUACAAAAAGCCUAUCGGCAGUUAAUUAGGGCUCGUGAAGAUUAUAAUCAAAAUAAUAUUGAUGAGGCAGAUGACAAAAUUGAAGAUAUUAAAGAUGAAUUAUUAAGUAGUGGUUGA